AUGUCUAAUUGCGCGUGUGGAGCCAGAGUAAGGAGGGUGGAUAUGCAUCGCCACCGAACACAGCUCUGUCCUUGCCUUCCCGCUUCUUGUCCCUUAACAUGUGGAUUAGAACUUGGGAGGUACUUUGCAUCUCCUUUUUUUUUUUUCGGUAUUUUACAAUUAGGCUGAUGUAAGGCAUCAAGAGACCUCUACUUCGGUUAGUAAGUUUUUGUGAAAGUUUUCCCCACUAAAUAUUCCCGCUAGUGGUGCUUAUAUACGUUCAGUGUUAAAAAGUAGCGGCUACAUGGUAGCCGCUCUCACUGGAUGAUUAAAAAGCAUUAUAGGGAAAGCCUUCAGGUGCGUAUUUCGUGCCAGGAUUCACGGAAACGCAGUUAAAUAGGCGGAGUAUUAUGCAGUUUUAUCACAAUGCUAUGUGUAAUUACUUUCAAUAUAUGAUCUAACCGAAGCAUGGCAAACUGAAGAAAUAGUUGUCCCAUUGUCUUUUGACAGAAAAGAUGUUCCAUUUCAUAUGGUUAUUUGUCCAAAGCGUAUUGUCCAGUGUGGUGUUCCUGGUUGCCUUGAUGUGAUCCGACAAUCGGAAAUGGUGGUACAUAUCAGAGACAACGCAAGAAAACACUUGGGCUUAUAUGCCAUUGACGAGCAGGCAAAGGUAUGGUCUCUAAAGGAAGUAAGAAUAUUGCUUCUAACGAUAGUAAACUAAUUUACACAUCAUACAGUGUAUAGGACGGAUUCAUUGCUACGAACGUUCUAGAACGAAAGUAAUUGCAUGGUUACUUUUCCAGAGCUUAACAAUUUUUUGCCAGCUCCCCAAAUAGUGUUGAGACGCACGCAAAUCUCCAAGCAAUCGCAAUACUAUUGCUUGGUUUUAAAUUUUAAGAAUUUAUUUCCUCGGCUACAUAGCGUAUCGAUUCGACUCUCUCUAUUCAUUUUUUUGAUAGGCCACAGUCUACACGGAAAUAAAGAGUAAAAGUGCCGUCGUUCUGACUUGGUUGGUGCCGAAUGAUUGGAAAUGGCCCAUCGCUUCUCCUCUGGUGCAGGCGUUUGAUAGGGAAUGGAGACUUGUUCUGACAAGAGGAAAGCUUUAG